GGUAGGUGAGACGAUCGAUCUCACAUCGAUACAUCUAUUUCAAUGCCGACGUUAGUUGCAGGUAGAUAUGAGCUUGAUCGCAUGGAGGUGAACCUAAGAAGGAAAGGGUCCUUCUUCACGUCUUUGAGAGAGGAUCUGAGAGAGACGUUCUUGCCGGAGGAUCCAUUUCGGCGGCGUCCGGAUGAGGCAGAGUGUCACUGGUCCACGCCAAUGCUCAAGUGCUUGGUACCCAUUCUGGAGUGGGGGCCAAAAUAUAACCUCGCCAAGUUCCAGUGCGAUUUCCUCGCCGGCUUCACCGUCGCCGUCCUCGCUGUCCCGCAAGGCAUCAGCUACGCCCGCCUCGCCUACCUUCACCCCGUCAUCGGCCUCUAUUCGAGUUUCAUCCCGCCGUUAAUCUAUGCGAUAUUUGGUACCUCCACAAACGUGGCGGUGGGGAACACCGCCGCCGUCUCGCUGUUUCUUGCUUCGGCCAUCGGAGCAGAAGUAUCGCCGGUUGACCGCCCGGAGUUGUACAUGCAUUUGCUCUUCACCGCCGCCUUCUUCACUGGACUCUUUCAAGCGGCGCUCGGCAUCUUCAGGCUGGGGAUACUGGUGGAGUUCUUCUCACAUUCGACGAUCACUGGUUUCAUGGGAGGCACAGCGGUCAUCGUCAUCAUGCAGCAACUCAAAGGGAUGCUGGGAUUGAAACAUUUCACCACAAACACUGAUCUCGUCUCUAUCAUGUGCUCUAUCUUCUCCCACAGAGAUGAGUGGAGAUGGGAGAGUGCUGCUCUUGGGACAUGCUUGAUUACCAUUUUGCUCCUCAAUAGUCAUUUGAGCGCAAAGCUGCGGAGAUUGUUCUGGUUGCCAGUGCUUGCCCCUUUGCUUGUAGUCGUACUGGGAGGGCUUUUCGCUUUUGUUGUCCAUGCUGAGGACCAUGGAAUUCCUACAGUUGGAACCUUGAACAAGGAACUGAAUCCUCUUUCCGUAUCACUUUUAAAAUUCGAGUCCAAGUAUUUUAAGCUUCUCCUCAAAUCAGCCUUCAUCUCCGGCUUCCUAGCGUUAUCAGAAGGAAUAGCCGUGGGAAGGAGCCUGGCAUCCAUGAAAAAUGAGCAAAUAGAUGGGAACAAGGAGAUGAUUGCUUUCGGGCUUAUGAACGUAGUAGGCGCUUGCUUUUCGUGCUACCUCACAACUGGUCCCUUUUCCAAGUCCGCCGUUAAUUUCCAUGCUGGUUCCAAGACACCGUUUUCCAACGUGGUGAUGUCUUUGUCCAUCAUGGCGGUGCUGCUUUUCUUAGCUCCUCUGUUUCGAUACACUCCUUUGGUGGCUCUCUCUGCCAUUAUCAUCGUGGCCAUGCUCCGCCUCAUCGACUACGAGAAAGUUCUCCGGCUCUGGAAGGUGGACAAGUUCGACUUCCUCAUUUGCAUCGCCGCCUUCUUCGGCGUCAUCGUCUUCAGCAUGACUGCCGGGCUGCUCGCUUCGGUAGGUUUGUCAACACUGAGAGCACUGCUCUCUGUGGCUCGACCAUCCACUUGCAGGCUCGGAAACAUAGCAGGAACUGAAAUGUACUGUGACGGGCAGCAAUACCCAAACUCAAUCUCUUACCCAGACAUUUUUAUAUUGAAACUGGGUUCCCCAAUUUAUUUUGCCAGCUCUGGCUACCUUAGAGAAAGAAUCAUGAGGUGGAUAGAGGAGGAAGAAACACUGCAAUAUCUGAUUCUGGACAUGGGUGUUCCUGAACUUUUGAGCACAGGAGUGACUUCCAUUGACAGUGACGGGAUCGGCAUGCUAGUAGAACUCCACAAACAUGUAGAAAGAAGAGGCAUCAAGAUUGUUUUAACAAAUCCAAGGAUAGGAGUUGGGGAAAAGUUGAAGGCGUCCAAGUAUGUUGAUCUAAUAGGGAAAGAGAGGGUGUUUCUUUCAGUCAAAGAGGCCGUGGAUAUGUGCCGUGACAAUAUGCAGCAAUAUUCGAAGGAAGAAGUUUGAUUACAUACACUACUAAUACAGGGCAGUCACGUAAUUAUAGCACCAUGCUUAAAUAAAAAAAAUUACAUAUUUUAUAGAUAUUUUUAUUGGAAAUUAAAUGGGGAAAAAAUAGACUCCAACUUAAUAUGUAUGGGGGUUUAGUUCUAUAUUAAAAAUUUUGUAAUCAAUAAUUGUGAAUAUUGUCAACA